CUCUGCAUCAUCAAUAAUUCCCUCAAGAUCGGUUUACUUGACUCACCACCCACAACCCACAAAUGGCUGAAAUAGUUCUCUACGACACUGCUGGGAGCAUCAUUAGGAGUUUGGGCUCUCUUGCUCUCCAAGAGAUUGGAGUGUUAUGGGGUUUCAAAGAUGAGCUUCGAAAGCUCGGGGACACCGUUUCCUCCAUCCAAGCUGUGCUUUUGGACUGGGAGGAGAAGCAGGCCCAUAACCAUGCGAUCAAAGAUUGGCUUCGGAAGCUCAAGGAUGCCAUGUACGAGGCUGAUGACUUGCUGGAUGACUACUCCACUCAACUUUUACGUCGACAACUGAUGACACGGGAUAAGAAGAUGGCAAAACAGGAAACAUUUAGUUUCACAUAUGGACGCUUCUUGAGACAAUCAGAUAGCUCGAACAUUUACAGUAUUUUUUCCUAUCUUUCACUUCAAUAGCAUUUCCAGUAUUGUUUUCUUCUUUUAG